GUCACACGCUGCAUUGUCACUAGAGGAAGAGAACAGACCAGGGUUUAAGAGAUCAUGGAAGGGCCUGAAGGCCUGGGAGUCAACCGGGAUAUUCAUGCAGGGAAUGAGACCAUUGAUCUGGAGGACAGAGAGCACCAGGCGGGCUGGGUGAGAGUCAGGGUGGAAGAGAGCUGGUUCAAUGUGGAGCGGGCCUUGCUUGAGAGGAAAAGCAACUACUUCACUGCCCUCUUUCAGUCUGGGAUGACAGAAAUUCAUCAGGAUGUGCUCCAUCUGAAAGGUGGAGUGCGUGCAAGGGGUUUCCUCAUCGCCCUUGCUGUCUGCAGGGGAGAAACCCCCUCUCUCGGUGACCCGGAUGAGCUUGUAGAAGCCGUUGAGUGUGCAGCUUUCCUGCAGGUUGACUGCUUGGUGCAGCAUCUUUGUGACAUUAUCGACUCAGACAACUGCUUCUUGCUUUACCACGCAGCCUCCGUCUUUGGGGUGCAUGCACUCUAUCACAAUGCUGCCCUUUUUCUGUGUGAUGCUUUUCAAGAUUUGCAGGACGCAGCUGAGAAUAUGAUUCCUGACGAACUGCUUCAAUAUUCUCAAUCAUUGUCUCCAGCUUCUUACAUUGCUCUUGGCACGCACUCUCCUUCAAUGGAAGGGCUGCACGACUCUUUUAGGGUGGUUUGCUACCUUGAUGAAGAAGAAGGAGAUUGGAAACAUCUGACAAACCUCCCAAAUCUCUGUAGCACCUCCAUGGCGGGAGUUGCAGUGCUUGACAAUCAAUUGUACAUUGUGGGGGGAGUUUACGGCUACGGUAAAGACACUGUGGACAGCAGCUUCUGCUACAACCCCGAGUCUGGGGUUUGGACUGCUCUUCCAGGUCCCCAGCAACUAAGAUAUGACUUCACCCUGCUGGGGCUCGAAGGACGACUCUAUGCCAUUGGUGGCGAAUUCCAAAAACGGAUGAUUUCAACAGCAGAGAGUUACGACGUUGGAAAAGGAGAGUGGACAUUUAUAAAAAAUGCACCCAGACCUGUUACAUCUGCAGCUUGUGCUGUUGCAAGAAGGCGGAUGUUUGUUUGCUUCUGGAAACCCCCAGACUCUACAGAUAUUUAUGAAUACAUACCAGUGAGAGACGAGUGGAGACUUGUGUCCACAAUGAUCAAACCUCAGAGCUAUGGCCACUGUAUGGUAGCCCACAGAGACAAUUUAUAUGUAAUGCGCAACGGGCCUUCUGAUGACUUUCUUCGCUGCCGGAUGGAUUGCUACAACAUCACCACAGGCCAGUGGACAGCCAUGCCUGGGAACUACAUCAACAGCAAGGGGGCGCUGUUCUCUGCAAUGAUAAGGGGGGAUUCUGUGUUCACGGUGAAACACAUGCUCACUCUUGAAUACUCCAUCACUGGAGAUGGAUGGAAGCCCCGCAGGCACAUGAAGGGGUUUCCAAAGAGUGGUUCACUUUGGACGUGUUUACUCAGGCUUCCCAAGACAGGGCCAGUUGUGCCACAGCUGGAUGCAGAAGGAGAGGAAGACGAAAUGACUUUGACAGACACAUCUGAGGGAUUUGUGGAAGCUCUACUGCAAAUGUGAAACACUGCACAAUUGGAAAACAAUGUUUAGUUUUUGAGAGUUUCUAAGCUAAAAUACUAAGAAUUUUACAACACUAAAA